AUGUCAAAAGUCCUACCACUGGGUUAUUCACAGGGUCCUUUUCGACCAUAUCAUACAUCAAAACCACUACUUGAUGGAAAUAAUAAAUAUUCAUGGACGAGUCUUGAUAAUUUAUUAAUUUUCAUGAUUUUAUUAUUAUCAUUAUUACGAUUAUAUAAAUUAUAUAUCCCUGAUAGAGUUGUAUUUGAUGAGAUUCAUAUUAUUAGACAUAUUAAACAAUAUUAUCUGGGUAAGAUCUUUGUUGAUGUUCAUCCUCCUUUAGGUAAUUUGAUUUAUUAUUAUAUUACAAAAUUAUUCAAAUUUAAUUUAUUGGAAUUGGAAGAUCUUGAACAAAUUGGUGAUUUAUAUCCUUUGAAAUUUCCAUAUUUAUGGUUAAGAUUAUUUAGUGGUAUUUGUGGUAUUGGUCAUAUAUUGUUCACAUAUUUAACGCUAAGAACUUCAUGUAAUUCAUUUAUUUCAUUCAUUGGAUCUUUAUUUGUUUGUUUUGAAAAUUCUUUAAUUACUGAUUCAAGAUUGAUUUUAUUAGAUGGUCCAUUAUUAUUUUUCCAAACUCUUGUUAUAUUUAAUUAUAAAUCAUUUACUAAAUCAGAACAAUUUACUAAAUCUUGGUGGAUUUAUCUUAUUUCUACUGGGGUUUGUUUAGGUUUGAAUAUUUCAACUAAAUUAUCCGGUGGAUUUAAUUAUAUCUGGGUUGGGAUUUUAACUAUGGUUCAAUUAUGGGAAAUCUUGGGUGAUUUAAAAGUAUCUAUAAUUCAAUGGAUUCUACAUGUUAUUUCACGAAUUGUUUCAUUGAUUAUGAUACCAUUAACUAUUUAUUGUUCAGUUUUUUAUAUUCAUUUUGGUUUAUUACCUAAAGAAGGUAGUGGAUCAGGAUUUUUAUCACCUCAUUUUAGAUCUACUUUAGAAGAUUAUGAAACAUCUCCAUUACCAGUAUUAUAUGGAAGUACAGUUACUAUUAAACAUAAUGGAUUAGAAAAAUAUUUAAGUUCCCAUGAUGCUAAUUAUCCAAGAGGUUCAGAAAAUCAACAAGUUUCUUUAUAUGAAUUUCCUGAUGAAAAUAAUGAAUGGGUAAUUGAAACUAAACAUAAAUUCUAUGAAAAUAAAAUCAUGUCAACAAAGAAAGAUCUUAAAGAUGGAGCAAUUGUUCGAAUUUAUCAUAAAAAAACUGGUCAUUAUUUACAUGUUACUGAUAAUAAUGCUCCACUUUCUGAACAAGAAUAUACUUUUGAAGUAAGUUGUAAUGAAACAAGAGGAUUAUUAGGUGAUGAUACUUAUGAAUUUAGACUAAGAACUGUUCUUAAAAAACCUCAUUCUGAAAAUGAUUUACCUUUAAUUAAACUUAGAUCAACAGAAACUGUAUUUCAAUUAAUUCAUCGUGAUAAAAAUUGUUUAUUAAUGAGUCAUCCUACUAGAUUACCUGAAUGGGGUAAUUAUCAAAAUGAAGUAGUUUGUGUUAAAGAAGGUACUAUUCCAAAUUCAUUAUGGUAUAUUGAACUGAAUUCUCAUCCAUUAUUGAAUAAUCCACAAGAUUUGAAGAAAUUUCCGAAAUUUUCAUUCUGGCAAAAAUUAUUGGAAAUUCAUAAAGUUAUGUUUAGAUUAAAUGAAAGUUUUACUAUUAAACAUGAUUAUUCUUCAUAUCCAAUAGAAUGGCCAUUUUUGAAUCGUGGUAUUUUAUUUUUUAAUAAUUCUGGUUUAAAACUUAUUGAUGAAGAAUCAAGUUUGAUUUAUUAUUUGGGUAAUAUUGCAAUUUAUUAUCUGGUUAAUAUUGUUGUUUUAUUAACUUGGUUUAAAUAUUGUAUCUUUGCAUUUAUUAAUAUGAAUCCUUAUAAACAACCAACUGACUCACCAGAAUUCAAAACAACCUUCUAUACAAAUUCAUGGCAAUAUUUACUUGGAUGGGGAAUUAAUUAUUUACCAUAUCUUUUCAUGUCAAGAAACUUGUAUUUGCAUCACUAUUUACCUGCAUUGAGUUUUGGUAUUUUAUUAUUAGCUCAAUAUUUGAACUAUCGAUACUCCAAGAACCAAAUCUUUGGCAUUGCAUUGGUUGGUGCACUUUCAGCCAGUGUGAUUUAUUGUUUCAUUGAGUUUAUUCCAAUCAUAUAUGGUUUACCAUGGACUUUAGAAACCUGUACCAAACAUAAAUGGUUUUCCUUCUUCAAUUGGGACAUAGAUUGUAUGGCAUACACAGGAUAA